AUGCUGGCAGUAGACGAAGUCAUCAAAACGAAGCCAUCCACCUGGAAGAAAAGUUCUGGCCAGCUUGCAUUGUUCAUCCCUUGUGGUCCCUUAGGGCGAAGUAAUGAGAAGACCCGGCAAACGUUUGGAAGCAAGCGCGCCAAAUCGAUUUUUCGAGGUGGUGGGCCCUUUGUUUUGAAAGAUUCAAGAGACUUGGCACUUCAAGCAUUAAGACAGCUGGGCUACCUUGAUGAACAGAAUGCUGAUGAGUUCGAGGCUAUGCUUUGUUUUGUCAACGAGCCGAACAACAAGCACCACUUGCGGAAGUUGGACUUGCUGCCUCGGCGCUCAGACUGCACGCGCGAUGUGAAAGAAAAGCUGCGGGCCGCAUUUAGAGAGGAUGCACACCCAACCUGGUGGCAUCGGCAAACAACAUCGGCAGCUCGAGUGAAGCAGAUCGUUGAACUUCUAAGACAAGCCGGUGUCCUCUCAAAGAAGCCAAAACCGGCUGGUCAAUACUGCAGUGGAUAUUCCCAAAACGAUAUCUCUCAAGCGCUGAGCAUCUAUGCACGAGAGCAGCAGCUCCCUGCUUGCAAGACCUUCAACUGCUUGGCCUGGAGAAUUUGUGCUCGCAUGAAUAGCGAAGAUCCCCACCGCCGGGGCACCGUGGAAUUUCGGAGAUGGGCACUGGCUGCCUGCAGGCCAGACAUCUCGUGCCGCUCUGGGAGUGCAGCGACAACUGCCGCUCCAUUGCAGACAUUCAGACUGCUCCAUUGA